ACGGGAUAAUGAUUCUGAUGAUCCUCGGACCCAGUACUCGGCUUCCGGACCGUGCCACGCGUGAUGACAGCGCGGUUGCCGAGGAUACCGCGAGCCGCCCGUAGUUCUCACGUAUCCGCUCGCCGUGACGAUGGACACGACGUUGCCCUUAGUCGUGAGCCGGUAUCCACCUUGUCGCGGCAUCGCGGACCCGCGAACGACUCGAAAUUGCCGGCGGCGAGAAGGUUAACCUUGCUCAGUCACCUACCCCCCUCGAGCCAUAACCUGUAUCGGCGCGAACGUCGCGCGGUCAUGCCCCGAAACUUUCGCCUCCUGGAGGAACUGGAACAGGGCCAGAAAGGUGUGGGUGAUGGCACAAUCAGUUGGGGUUUAGAGAAUGAUGAUGAUAUGACCCUGACGCAUUGGACCGGCAUGAUAAUUGGACCACCUAGGACACCGUAUGAAAAUAGGAUGUAUAGUUUGAAAAUUGAUUGCGGUCAGAGAUACCCUGACGACGCACCAAAUGUAAGAUUUUUAAGCAGAAUCAAUAUGAAUUGCAUUAACAGUGCCACUGGAGCUGUGGAUAAUCGCAGUGUCCCAGUCCUUGCAAAAUGGCAACGAGAUUACACGAUUAAAACAGUUCUCCAGGAACUCCGUCGUUUGAUGACGUUGAAGGAAAAUAUGAAACUUUCUCAGCCUCCGGAGGGCAGCACUUUUUAGCCUAACCGUAUGAACAGAGAUAUCUUCCUUUUUGCAAUAGCAUGAGGCGAGAUUUAAAUAAAGGUACCAAAUAAUAUUAAAAGGGUGCCCGCUGAAAAUAUAUGUUUAAAAAGAAACAAAAAAAAAACGAAAAAACAGCUUUGUGAAAGGUGGUAAUAGCUUGGAAAGUUGAAUGAGUGUACUGAGUUUAUGUAUAGAUUUAGAUAGAAAAAAUUGACAAACAUACGCAUUUGUCAAGCACAGCUGGUUUUUCGUCGAAAUUUUUCACUAAAAAUAGUAGUCCUCCGGAACCCUCGAUUAUAUUUCAUUGUAUGUGUACUAUCAUGUUCGCGCACGAGAUAGUGACUCAUCUGCAGAUGCGAAUUGGUUUAAGGAAACUCUGCUCCAGCUUUUCAAGCUAGUACAAUGUAAAGCGGAAAAAAACCAUAUUUUGAAUCUUAAAACUGGAGACACAGACCAUGUAAUAAAAAAACGAAUAAUCAGUAAGAGUAAUUUAUGCCUUUGAAGUUUUUUAUUGAGAGAAGAAGAGUAACGCCUGAUGUUGCGAACCGUUUUAAGAUUUCUCUUCUGUUUGCGCGCAAGUGCCAUUUCAUCUCUCACCGAGGUGUGUCUCUCACUCAAUGCUGCGGUAGAAAAUUUCGUAAAAUCUAGACCACAUAAAUCUGUACGUCCGUUGUACUUUUUCGUGCGCUGCGUAUCGUUUCAACUAGCGAUCUACAAUGGAAUAACGUACAUGUUUGAGAAAUUUUAAUCCUUGAAAAAACGGCCUCUCUCUCUUUCGCGCUAAACGAAUUGCAUUUCGUAAUCGAUGAGGAGACGUCGCUUUGUAAUGCAUGCAUAAAUGACAAUUUGAUUUGUAAUAUCUCGUGUAUAGUGAACGAUAUACAAUGCUGCAUGGUAAAGUACAUCAAUGUAUGAAGUAUCGCGUAAAACGUAAAUGAUGAACUCUUUUAGUCGAUAUCACAUUUGGACACAUUAAAAAUAUACUAUUAUCCAUAUGUAUUUGAUUUAUAAUCUUGUUAUUUUAAGACAUUUCAAGAUUAUAGAGUAUGCAGAUAUAGUGCUUACCAUUUGAUAGAGCUUCAUAAUUGAUGUAUCAUGUAAAUCAUUUUUGUUACGGUUAUCAAAAUUGUAUCUAAUUCCUGAUAUAUUGUGUAAAGUGCAGGAGCUACAUAUUAAUUGUUACAAAAUCGAAUUCUUCUCAAUCUUCAGUGCAAUUACGACUCAUCAAUUGCAUGAACUGUAUUAUUGCUGAAAGGUCGAAUUAUGUAUAUGCAGCCUAUUAGUGGUCGACGAUGAUAAAUGAUAUGUUCCAACGAGAGAAUAAUUAUGUUAUUACAAUGUCAUCUCGAGAUUUAUAUUAUCCAAAUCGAGAGGAUGUCUUUAUACCUAAUGUUCCACCAAAGUAGAUUUUGAAAUAUCUCCACGUUUGAUUGUGUAAUGUAAAAAAUUUUCCGAUUACCGAAGGAAAAGUAUACAUACCUCUUUGUCCGCUUUGCAUUUCAGUAUUACACUAUCAGUAAUAUAAUAGUGUAAUUUAAAUCAUCCUAUUAAAAGAAUAACAAGUUAUAGCUCCAUGUGGACGAAAACAAGCUUAAGGAGAAUAAAGUGAUUUCCUUAGACGUGAGCGUUUCCUCUGUUUCUUACCUACAUGUGUAAGCGGCCUUCCUUUUUAACUCGAAUAAACCGAUGCUUUAUUGAAACAAAA